AUGAAUGAGAAGUCGAUAGUAAAUACCAUCCGAUUGCUUGAGAAUCAAAAGAUUGAACGCGAAAUAGCAUUUCAAGAAGCUUUGGAUGAAAGAAAAAGAGCAUUCGAGCUUGCCAGAUUGCAGUAUGCCUAUCCUUACAAAGCCAUUGCAAGUGUUACGGUAACCCUUAUUUCUGGUGUAGCUACCUAUCGGCAUAAAAAUUUGCUCUAUUUAAUACCGAUUGCAAUAGCGCUUCCUUACUUGGCACACGAAACUGAUGCCUUCUUUGGACGAAGUACGGCAAGAAUCAAAAGACGAGCUGAUUUGUUGUACCGAGAAAGACUAGCAGAGCAUGAACCGCAUGUUUUGGUGGCUGAUGUAAAGCAUCGUCUGAAAGAAUUGCAACGAGGAAGUGAUAUGGAAUAA